UCUGCGAACAUUCCAACAUCUACUAUCAUGUCUGCGCAAUAGCCUCUGCUUUCCCAUUCUCUAUCCAUGGCAGCGCACGCCAUCGCGACCACACAUCCUUGGUUGUAUCUCAUCGCCCGACUCGAAACAUAGCGACAACGCGACUUCCUGCGGACAACUGCUCCGCGGACCACUUAGCAGCGACGACGAAGCGUAACGGCGAAGCCUCCAUCACCAACACUAGUCACCGCCAUCGCCGGUAUGGCCAACUCAGCGGGCGCAACGCCAUCGCGCACCCUGCAGCGGCGCUUCAAGGGAUGCAGCAAAAUCGCCGACUAUGAAAUGAUGAAGAAACUCGGAGAGGGUACUUUUGGUGAAGUCCACAUGGCGAGGCAAAAGGCCACUGGCAGCAUCUUUGCGCUCAAGAAGAUUUUGAUGCACAACGAAAAGGACGGCUUUCCCAUCACAGCGCUGCGAGAAAUCAAGCUGCUGAAGAUGCUGUCGCACGAAAACGUCCUAAAGCUCGAGGAGAUGGCCGUGGAGCGACCCAAGGCUGAGGGCCGGAAACGCGCCAUCUUAUACAUGGUGACGCCUUACAUGGACCACGACCUGUCAGGCUUGCUCGAUAACCCCGAAGUCCGGUUUCAAGAAGCGCAGAUCAAGUGCUACAUGCUGCAACUGUUCAAGGGCCUGCGAUAUCUCCACGACAACCACAUCCUACAUCGAGACAUGAAGGCCGCCAACCUUCUCAUCAACAACCGCGGACGGCUACAGAUAGCAGAUUUCGGUCUCGCGCGCCACUACGACGAAGCGGUGCCGCAACGGGGCAGGGGCAAUGGCGAAGCCAAGCGCGAGUACACUACACUGGUCGUUACCAGAUGGUACCGGCCACCAGAGCUCCUCCUGCAGCUGAGGAAAUACACCCCAGCCAUCGACAUGUGGGGCGCAGGCUGCGUCUUUGGCGAGAUGUUCAAGCGCAAGCCCAUCCUCGCCGGCCAGAGCGACAUCCACCAAGCGCAAAUCAUCUUCGAGCUCGUCGGCUCCCCAAACGAUACGAGCAUGCCCGGCUGGCACGAACUCCCCGGCGCAGACCCCAUCCGCGCCUUCGCCCCCAGCACCGGCAACAUUGCCCAGCGAUUCCGCGAACUCUCGCCUGUCGGCCUCUCCCUAAUAAAAGACCUCAUGCGCCUCGACUGGCGCAAGAGAAUCAACGCCAUCGACGCAAUCGACCACCCUUACUUCCGCGAAUCCCCGCUCCCCAUGCGCGAAGAAGACAUUCCGCACUUUGCAGACUCGCACGAACUCGACCGACGGAAUGCGCGCGGCCAGAAACAAGCACUCCCACCCGCACCCCAAGGCGGCACCGUAGGUGGCGGACCAAACGGCGAGUGGACAGGCCAAGGGCCACCCCCGCAGUCCUGGCAACAAAACGGCGAUAGACGAUACAAUGGCGGGCCGCAGGACCGCGGGCCACCAGGCGUCGACAACAGAGGACCAAGAGGUGGCUACGAUAGAAGGAACUACGAACACAGACCCCCGCCGCCACCACCGGGUGGCGACAGACGACCAAAUUGGGGCAAUGGUGCGGAGAGAGGACAUAAUGGAUUACCCGCGCCGCCGGCAGAUGGCAGACAUCCGCUUCCUCCUGUCCCGAGAUAUGGACCUGAUGGCGUGGACAGGAGACGAGGACCCCCUCAUCAAUCCGCUGGUGCUGCUGCUAUUGCUGCGAAUGCCAAUGGCGGCGAUACGUAUAUCCCUAGUUAUGGCGCCGAAGGCCCGCCACGGCGCAGUAGGGAACCUGAUGAUAGGAAUGCGAGACGGGGUUCGAGGGACUCGGGUAACUCGCGUGAAGGUGGUGGAUAUACGGAUCCUCAUCAUCAUCAGCAGCAGCAGCGGAAUCGUGGCGCGUAUAGAGAGAGGCCGGAUGGUCCCGGGAGGGGGUUUGCGGCUAGGGAGAGGGAGAGGAGGGAUGGGAGGACGAGGAGUAGGAGUCCGGAGAGGAGGGGGGAUGGGAGGAGGGAUGGUGGUGGUGGUGGGGGUGGAAGAGAAAGAGAGAGAGACAAUAACGAUAUUUAUCGUAGGCGGUAGGAAUGCUCGCUUUAUCGUAGGCCGGAGGAUUGCUUGCUGUGGUGGCCAGUUUGAAUGAUUGGAGAUUUCAAGGUUACCUGUUCCAAGAUGGUACUGUUUUUUUUCUGGGGUGGAGGGCAAUGAAGGCGUUUUAUCUUUCAAAGUUGGGGAGGGGAAUGGCGUGGUUUUUGUGGUUCACUUAUCACGACCUCUUUGUAGAGCGUAUCUUUUUUCGGCAUUUUCACGGCGUUGUGCGAUGAGAGGAGGUUUUGGGUGGAGAGAGAGAGAGGAGCGUAGCAUUGUCGAGUAGGAAUGUGGUGGUGCCUGUGUGAUUAUAGAUACCAGUAUACGAUUAGGUAGCAUAGGAUAGCAUUAGAUAGUCGUAGUGCGUAGUGAAAUAAAGAUGAUUAGAUGAUG